GUUGGUGACGUGGGUGGUGGAAUUGCUCCCGACGCUUCGCAUCUCCACGGCUCACUCUCCAAGCGCUUCACCACUGUGCACGUCGCAACUUCCACAAGAAAUGAAUAUUCUGAUCGUCGAAGCAGAUGCUUGGUUUGAGGGACAUCGUCGCGUCCGCGUGGCAAAAGGUGCCUCGCUCGACAACCUUCGCGCCGCGUUGCACGAUCAAUUGCGCCUUCCCAAUGAUGUCGCGAGCAUGUCCAUCACGCUGUAUGAUACUCCAACACAGUCCAUUGUCCCGCUCCGUCAUGGCCAUCAAAUCCAGUCACACACCCGCCUCUUCCUGUCCCCAUCGUCCGACACAGCGUCGCAGCCCGUGCUCGCCAUUGCAAGCCGGUCGUUCGGUUUUGCGUUUGAAAGGGGUGAGUUCCGCGUCCAUGGAGUUCCUUUAUACAUCGGAGAAGUCGGCAACACUGGCAAAGGCACAGGACUCACGAUUUGGGACGGGUCCGUGGUGCUAGCGCGGUAUCUCGAGCACGUUUCCUUGUCGGUCGGCCACGACGACAACGUUCGCGGCAAACGCGUCCUCGAGCUUGGCGCGGGUACGGGUCUCGUUGGACUCGCGGCCUCUCUUUGCGGGGCCUCCCACGUAACCUUGACAGAUUUGGCGUACGCGCUCGAGAACCUCUCGAGGAAUGUCGAGCUGAAUCGCGGUGCGAUAUCGCCGGCGGCCGUGGCCGUGUCCGAGUUGGACUGGUUUGCUCCUCAGUCGUCAUCCUUCACCGAUGGCGUUGACAUGGUCGUGGGGUCGGACAUCGUGUGGGUGGAAAGCCUGAUUGAACCUCUCGUUCAGACGAUCGCCGUGCUGUUGAAGGGCGGUCGAGUGAAGGCUUCGACGAUGCUGCUUGCGCACCAGACAAGAUGCACUGCGUCCGAUGCGAUCUUCUUCCAGCUUGUGAACGAUCAUGGCCUCGUUGUGGCAUCGAUCGACGCGCCGCCCGCCAUCCUACCCCAAGACAAACACAUACGACUCUACAAGAUCCAAGUACCCGCCAACGAUUGAGCGAAUGAGGACAGAGCAGCUGCUGAAAGCGCCUGCAAGAACGUUCUUGCAGCUCCGUGGUCUGCCAGCCAUAGCUUCUGCACGCUACCGAUCCACGAAAGACUCCCCACAUAACAUGACCUUGUCUCGCUGCUGAAACGACAUCAUUCCAGCGCUGGACUCGUCUACAGU